AUGGAUUCCAACCAGUUCCGCGAGGCAGCAAAGGCCUCAAUUGAGGAUGUCGCAUCCUACUAUGACAGCCUCCCAGACCUUAAGGUCGUCUCCUCCGUCCAGCCGGGCUACCUCCGCCCGCUCCUCCCCUCAUCACCACCUCUCCAAGGCGAAUCCUACGACGCCAUCCGCGCCGAUAUCCAGUCCAAGAUCCUCCCAGGAAUAACGCACUGGCAAAGCCCCAACUUCAUGGCCUUCUUCCCCUGCAGCGCCUCCUUCCCCGCGAUGCUCGCCGACAUGUACUCCAACGCCUUCAACGGCGCCCACUUCAACUGGAUCUGCUCGCCCGCCGUCACCGAGCUCGAGACCGUCAUGAUGGACUGGCUGGCCCAGGCCCUCGCCCUGCCCGACUGCUUCCUCAGCACGGGGCCCACGCGCGGCGGCGGCGUCAUCCAGGGGACCGCUUCCGAGGCCAUCUUGACAGCCAUGGUGGCCGCGCGGGACAAGUUCCUGCGCUCGCGCACGGCGCAUCUCGCUGAGGAUUCGGAGGAGAAGGAGGACGAGACCUGGCGGUUGAGGAGUAAGCUCGUGGCGCUGGGCUCGGAUAUGACGCAUUCGAGCACCAAGAAAGCCGCCAAGAUCUUAGGCGUGCGCUUCGGUACCGUCCCCGUGUCUCGCGCCACGGGAUACGCCAUGACGGCCGAGUCGCUAGCCAACAAGCUCCGCGACCUCCGCGCGAAGGGCCUCGAGCCGUUUUACCUCACCGCCACCCUGGGCACCACGGAUACCUGCGCCAUCGACGACCUCGAGGGAAUCGUCGCCCUGCUAAAGGACGAGUCGCUCAACCCGAACGACGCCCUCUGGGUCCACCUCGACGCCGCCUACGCGGGAGCGGCCCUCAUCUGCCCCGAGCACCAGACUUUCAACGCCCACCUCGCGCACUUCCACACCGUGGACUUCAACCCCCACAAAUGGCUCCUCACAAACUUCGACUGCUCCGCCCUCUGGGUGCGCAACCGCGCCUGGCUCACCGACGCCCUCUCCGUCAACCCCGCCUACCUCCGCAACGACCUCUCCGAUGCCGGCCUCGUCACCGACUACCGCGACUGGCAGAUCCCCCUGGGCCGUCGCUUCAGGAGCCUGAAGCUUUGGUUCCUCAUGCGCACCUACGGCAUCGAAGGGCUGAGGGCCCACGUCAGGGGCGGCAUCGCCCGCGGCGACCUCUUCGCGAACCUCGUCGCUGGGAGGACGGACCUGUUCGAGGUUAUUGCGGGCCCGAGCUUUGCGCUUGUUGUGCUUAGGGUUGCGGGCGGCACUGAUGAGGAGGAGAGUAAUUUGCUGACGAAGAGGGUUUAUGAUGCUAUUAGUGCUGAGGGCGAGUUUUUCCUUACGAGCUCGGUGCUGAAGGGGCUUUAUGCUAUUCGGGUUUGCGUCUCGGGAGCAAAUGUUGGGGAGGAUGAGGUGCGCAGGGUCUUCGACGCCUUGGUGAGGUGUACGGAGGAGGUGACUGGGCGGAAGAAGCAAGAAGCGGCUUAG